UCUUUCCAGGCUGAAGAAGCACAACUGAGGGGGGUUAUGAUGCUGCAGAGAGGGCAGGAAACUGCCUGCCCCAGCCCAGAAUGACUCACGCAGCAAAGUGGUCUCAUCCUGACGCUUUGCCCUGCGGCAGCCAAGGGGAAGUCUUCACCUUCAAUAGCAGCAGUUGAACAAGGACUUGAUGCUGUGCUGGCUCCCAGUCCUAGUGUCUGGAAAGAAACGAGAAGCCCAGAGGAUGGAUCUGCUGAAGGUGCUGACCCCCUUAGCAAGCCCACACCACCCCUGCCUGGCCAGGGAAUGCCCCUGCCCUGGAGCUGCUGCAGGCAGGGCCUGCGAGCCUCGGGGUGACAGGAGCAGGAUGAGCCCCUGGCCAGGACAGAGCCUCUGCUGCUCAAGGAAGGGCCUCGGGAGCUGGUGUCAAGCUCCAGGGCGCAGCCGGGGCAGGUCUGAGCCGUGUUGCAAGUGCCAAGAGGGAAGUGAGUCACAUGGAGCGAGCGGCACCCUCCUUCCGCACGAGCCUGCUCCUGGGCAGAGGCUCCGGUGGCUCCGCUUGCGGAGCGGGUGCUGUGUCCCCAAGUGACUCUGCAGUCAGGCUGCAGUUGCUCCCGUUCUUGGUGUCCUGUUCUUGAGAGCUGCCUGCGUGGAGACCUUCCAGCCCCAGGUCAGAGAAAAUAAUGCUUGGAAGAAGAUCAAGCAUCCUCAGUAAAACACCCAUCACCGCUCUACUGAAGCUGAAGAUGGCCAAAUCGUGCUGAAGCCUUUCGACUCUGGUGAGAAGGGAAGCUACAGCAGGGAAUUCUACUUCAAACGUACCCCCCCAGCACCAUGAUGUCUGGAAAGGAUAAAGGCGGUGCUGCAGGUGGUGCUGGUUCCUACAUUUCCUGCUACAUCGACUCAGAGUUUCGCUACAACCUCUUCACUGUUUUCUACAGCAUCAUUUUCAUUCUGGGCUUUGCUGCCAACUGCUACGUGCUCUGGAUUUUCAGCCGCAUUUACCCCACCAAGAAACUCAAUGAGAUCAAGAUAUUCAUGGUGAACCUGACAGUAGCUGACCUGCUCUUCUUAGUUACGAUGCCAAUGUGGAUUGUUUACUAUCACCACCGUGGAGACUGGAUCAUGCCCGAGUUCCUCUGUAACGUGGCUGGCACUCUAUUUUUUGUGAACACCUACUCUUCUGUUGCCUUCCUGAUGGUCAUCACAUACAACCGUUACCAAGCUGUGACUAACCCCAUUAAAGCUGCUCAGUUUACCACCCAACGAAGGGGGAUCUACUUAUCAGCAGCUAUCUGGAUUAUAAUCGUGGGCAGCUCUUUGUAUUACCUUUUUGACAAUAAUACUAACCAGGAGGAGGUCAAAUCUAGGAAUGUCACGCGGUGCUUUGAGCACUAUGACUCUUCUGGCAGUGUUUCAGCUGUUCUCGCCAUCCACGUCAUCAUCUGCAUCCUCUUCUAUAUCAUUUUCAUCUUUAUACUAGGCUGGAACAUCAUCAUUAUCAGGACCCUGUUCUCCAAACCAACACAGCCACGGAAGAGUGCUCAUGUCAAGCAAAGGGCACUCUGGCUGGUGUGCACAGUGCUAGCUGUGUUCAUCAUAAGCUUUGUACCUCAUCACCUGGUGCAUCUGCCCUGGACCCUGACUGUUCUGGAGCAGUGGAAGAGAGAAAACUGCCAGUUGCGCCAACAGCUCAAUGAUGCUCACCAGGUGACUUUGUGCCUCUUGAGUACAAACUGUGUGUUGGACCCUAUCAUUUACUGCUUCCUCACCAAGAAGUUCCAGAAGCAUCUUUCAGAAAAACUGAAAAGCAUGAAAGGGAGUCGCAAGUGCUCCAGGCAAACCACAGACACAGUGAUCGAGGGCACCAUUCACCAGGAGGAUGCCAUUGGGAUCUAGCUCAGCCCUGCUCCGACUGCAGAUCGAGAUGUGUGAGUGAGUCACCCAUCUUUUCUCAAGGAGAGGCACUGAGGGACACAGCAGAGCAGCAGGAUCUUACAUUUCCUUUUUCCCAUUAGACAGAAGAAUGGAUGCUCAUUUCUUCUAUCACAUGCAACUGGCAGAACUGGAGCCUGUAGCAGUCUGGCAGAAAAGCACCUUCUGUCUGGGCUGAUGUUCUCAUGGGCACCCAGAACAGUUCACAUGGUCUGCUUUUAUGUGAGAGAAAUGUGUCACCAGGUCUGUGCGCUGAGCAGGUAGAAGCUGAGUGCACUGAAAUCCCCCCCAGCACCGUCCCUGGUCCUCUGCCUGCCCAGCUCCCAUGAAGAAUCCAGCAUCAGGACUCCUAAAAGACCUGGAAGAACAGAGCUGCUCAUCUCGAGUGACUUUUGUAAGCACAGUUCUGUGAAGAGAGUCUGAGCUGUUCUUGAGUGCCUAGAGGGGUUGUACUCCAAAGAGUUCCUCAAAUGCCUUCAAAGAAGAGAUCUGCACCUCUGAUCCCUUCUUGCCUACUUGCAUGGUCUGGUGGGGCCCAGACCUGACGUGCCUGGCAGGAGCUAUCACAGACUUUUGCCUCUGCUCCCAGCUCUUGGAUCAGUUU